AUGCCGUCCCUAGAAGAACCCAAGAACGAAGCACGAUUGCUGCUUGUCUCGAAUCGACUACCUAUCACUAUUAAACGAUCGGAAGAUGGCAAAUAUGAUUUUUCCAUGUCUUCAGGAGGUUUGGUGAGCGGGUUAAGUGGACUGUCUAAAUCAACAACGUUUCAGUGGUAUGGUUGGCCCGGAUUAGAGGUCCCCGAGGCGGAGAUUCCGGUCGUGAAAGACCGCCUGAAGGAGGAAUAUGGGGCCGUUCCUGUCUUCAUUGAUGAUGACCUGGCCGACCGCCAUUACAAUGGGUUUUCCAACUCCAUCCUCUGGCCGCUAUUCCAUUAUCACCCCGGUGAGAUCACAUUCGACGAGUCAGCAUGGGAAGCUUAUAAAGAGGCAAACCGAUUAUUUGCCAAGGCUAUUUCUAAAGAAGUCCAAGAUGGAGAUUUGAUCUGGGUACACGACUAUCAUCUCAUGCUGUUACCGGAAAUGCUGCGCGAGGAAAUUGGUGACAGCAAGAAGAACGUUAAGAUUGGAUUCUUUCUUCACACGCCCUUUCCCAGUUCCGAGAUCUAUCGAAUCUUGCCCGUGCGCAAUGAGCUGCUGUUGGGCGUUUUGCAUUGCGAUUUGAUUGGCUUUCACACAUAUGACUACACACGGCAUUUCCUGAGUAGUUGUUCGCGUUUACUGGGUCUCGCAACAACACCGAACGGUAUUGAGUUCCAGGGCAAGAUAAUCACCUGCGGAGCUUUCCCCAUUGGAAUUGAUCCCGAGAAAUUCAAAGAAGGGCUAAAGAAGGAGAAGGUCCAGAAACGAAUCGCCAUGCUUGAGCAGAAGUUCCAAGGCGUGAAGCUCAUGGUCGGCGUUGACCGUCUCGAUUAUAUUAAGGGCGUACCGCAAAAGCUACAUGCCCUGGAAGUUUUCCUAAGCGAUCAUCCCGAAUGGGUUGGAAAGGUUGUUCUGGUUCAAGUUGCUGUUCCCAGUCGUCAAGAUGUCGAAGAAUACCAGAACCUGCGGGCCGUGGUAAACGAAUUGGUAGGCCGCAUCAACGGCAAAUUCGGAACUGUCGAGUUCAUGCCCAUUCACUUCCUUCAUAAAUCGGUUAACUUCGACGAGCUCAUCGCCCUAUACGCCGUUUCAGAUGUCUGUAUAGUGUCAUCUACUCGCGAUGGAAUGAACCUCGUCGCAUACGAGUAUAUCGCAACUCAACAGAAGCGCCACGGUUCUUUGGUCCUAUCUGAAUUCGCUGGUGCGGCUCAAAGUCUAAACGGGAGUAUCAUCGUGAACCCAUGGAACACGGAAGAGUUAGCAGGUGCUUACCAAGAAGCUGUCACUAUGAGUGACGAACAACGCGCGCUCAACUUUACCAAACUCGACAAAUAUGUCUCUAAAUAUACGAGUGCAUUCUGGGGCCAAUCAUUCGUCACAGAGCUCACGCGGAUAUCAGCAAGUGCGGCCGAUAAGUUCCAGUCAAAGAAACUGCCUAUCGUCGACGCCAAAAGCAAUAUAAAUGGCAAUGGCAACGGCGAUAAUACAUCCGCCAGCGAGACAACGGAAGAAGCUUAG